AAUGCCAACCACAGAAACACAAACUACAGAAAAACUAACUACAGAAGCGCCAACUACUGAGACACCAACCACGGAAAUACCAACUACAGAAAUACCAACUACAGAAACACAAACUACAGAAACAUCAACUAGAGUAAUACCAACUAUAGAAACAGCAACUACGGACACAGCAAUCACAGGAACACCCACCACAGAAACACCAACUACAAAAACAGCAAUUACAGAAACAGCAAAUACAGAAACACCAACUACAGAAAUGCCAACCACAGAAACACAAACUACAGAAAAACUAACUACAGAAACAUCAACUACAGAAGCACCAACUACAGAGACACCGACCACAGAAAUACCAACAAAAGAAGCACCAAAUACAGAGACAAACACUACAGAAAUACCAACUAUAGAAACAUCAACUACAGAAAUACAAACUACAGGAACACCAAGUACAGAAAAACCAACUACAGAAAUGGCAACAUCAGAAACAGCAACUACAGAAACAGCAACUACAGAAAUGCCAACCACUGAAACACAAACUACAGAAAGACCAACUACACAUCCACCAACCACUGAAAUACCAACUACAGAAAGACCAACUACACAUCUACCAACCACUGAAAUACCAACUACAGAAAUACCAACUACAGAAACAGCAACUACAGACACAGCAGUCACAGGAACACCCACCACAGAAACACCAACUGUAGAAACACCAACUACAAAAACAGCAACUACAGAAACAGCAACUACAGAAGCACCAACUACAGAGACACCAGCUACAGAAAUACCAACUACAGAAAUGGCAAUAAAUUCAACAAAUUCAACACCUGCUGCCACAACAAGAGUGAACACACCAACAGCUGCUACAACAGCUGUAACAACUCAGAAUGUGACAACCCAAUAUACUACAAUGGAAUCAGCCACUCCUGUCUCUUCAACCACAAUCCUUUCAACUUCUGGCACCACGGAUGCUAUCAUCUCCCCUACAACUGAUGCCUUGAGUACUACUAUUACGCCAUCAGUGACCAAUACCACAAAUACCACUAUCCCCACAAUGACCAAUGCCACAACUACUGCCGCUAUGACCAUCCAAACAAAUGCUACAGUUUCUACCACCAUCCCCAUCACAACCCCCACCACGGACAUUACCACGGCUAAUGCCACCACAGCUAUUAAAACAACUGCCACAACUGCCCCCAUCACAGACUUUACCACGACUAAUGCCCCCACAGCUAUUACUACAACUGUCACAACUGCCCCCACCACGGACGUUACCACGACUAAUGCCCCCACAGCUAUUACUACAACUGCCACAGCUGCCCCCACCACGGACGUUACCACGGCUAAUCCCACCACAGCUAUUACUACACCUGCCACACCUGCCCCCACCACGGACGUUACCACGGCUAAUCCCACCACAGCUAUUACUACACCUGCCACACCUGCCGCCACAACGGACUUUACCACGACUAAUGCCCCCACAGCUAUUUCUACAACUGUCACAACUGCCCCCACCACGGACGUUACCACGACUAAUGCCCCCACAGCUAUUACUACAACUGCCACAGCUGCCCCCACCACGGACGUUACCACGGCUAAUCCCACCACAGCUAUUACUACACCUGCCACACCUGCCCCCACCACGGACGUUACCACGGCUAAUCCCACCACAGCUAUUACUACACCUGCCACACCUGCCGCCACAACGGACUUUACCACGGCUAAUGCCCCCACAGCUAUUACUACAACUGCCACAGCUGCCCCCACCUCGGACGUUACCACGGCUAAUCCCACCACAGCUAUUACUACACCUGCCACACCUGCCCCCACAACGGACUUUACCACGGCUAAUCCCACCACAGCUAUUACUACAACUGCCACACCUGCCCCCACCACGGACUUUACCACGACUACUGCCACCACAGCUAUUACUACAACUGCCACACCUGCCCCCACCACAGACUUUACCACGACUAAUGCCACCACAGCUAUUACUACAAUUGCCACACCUGCCCCCACCACGGACUUUACCACGACUAAUGCCACCACAGCUAUUACUACAACUGCCACAUCUGCCCCCACCACGGACUUUACCACGACUAAUGCCCCCACAGCUAUUACUACAACUCCCACAUCUGCCCCCAUCACGGACUUUACCACGACUAAUGCCACCACAGCUAUUACUACAACUACCACAACUGCCCCCACCACGGACGUUACCACGACCAAUGCCACCACAGCUAUUAAUACAACUACCACAACUGCCCCCACCACGGACGUUACCACGACUAAUGCCCCCACAGCUAUUAAUGCGACUACCACAACUGCCCCCACCACGGACGUUACCACGACUAAUGCCACCACAGCUAAUACUACGACUGCCACACCUGCCCCCACCACAGACUUUACCACGACUAAUCCCACCACAGCUAUUACUACAACUGCCACACCUGCCCCCACCACGGACGUUACCACGGCUAAUCCCGCCACAGCUAUUACUACAAUUGCCACACCUGCCCCCACCACGGACUUUACCACAACUAAUGCCACCACAGCUAUUACUACAACUGCCACACCUGCCCCCACCACGGACUUUACCACGACUAAUGCCCCCACAGCUAUUACUACAACUACCACAUCUGCCCCCAUCACGGACUUUACCAUGACUAAUGCCCCCACAGCUAUUAAUGCAACUACCACAACUGCCCCCAUCACAGACUUUACCAUGACUAAUGCCACCACAGCUAUUACUACAACUACCACAACUGCCCCCACCACGGACGUUACCACGACUAAUGCCACCACAGCUAUUAAUACAACUGCCCCCAUCACAGACUUUACCACGACUAAUGCCCCCACAGCUAUUACUACAACUGUCACAACUGCCCCCACCACGGACGUUACCACGACUAAUGCCACCACAGCUAAUACUACAAUUACCACAACUGCCCCCACCAAGGACAUUACCACGGCUAAUCCCACCACAGCUAUUACUACAACUACCACAACUGCCCCCAUCACAGACUUUACCACGACUAAUGUCACAACAGUUAAUACUACAACUACCACAACUGCCCCCAUCACGAACUUUACCACGACUAAUGCCACCACAGCUGUUACUACAACUACCACAACUCCCCCCAUCACGGACUUUACCACGACUAAUGCCACAACAGCUAAUACUACAACUACCACAACUGCCCCCACCACUGACAUUACCACGACUAAUGCCACAACAGCUAAUACUACAACUACCACAACUGCCCCCACCACUGACAUUACCACAACUAAUGCCACAACAGCUAAUACUACAACUACCACAACUGCCCCCACCACUGAUAUUACCACAGCCAUUACCACAACUACCACCACUAUCCCCACCACAGACAUUGCCACUAAUACUAUUCCCAUUACGAACAUUACCAUGGCUACUAUCACCACGCCAAACACAGCUAUUACCACGAUUAACACCACCCCUCCCCCCACCACAGUCAUCACCCCAACUACUACUACUACCACCAGCCCCACCACCACAACUACCACGACUACUACUACUACCACCAGCCCCACCACCACAACUACCACGACUACUACUACUACUACCACUACCACCAGCCCCACCACCACAACUACCACGACUACUACUACUACCACUACCACCCCCCCCACCACCACAACUGCUACCACAACUAGUACUCCAUCGGGGCCAAUUCAAGCAAUUAAUUUGACAAUGUCAAUCACAUUAGACCUCACCUUCACGUCAGACUUAAAUGAUAAAUCAAGUUCUGCAUACAAAGAUCUGGAAUCAAAGAUCGUAAAUGUGUUAAAGAAGCAGUAUAGCAAAAUGAGUGGAUUUCUUAAUGUUUUUGUGACAGGAUUCAGGAAAGGAAGUGUUGUUACAGACUUUGUUGUUCAGACAUCAAGCAUUAAUGCAGCUCAGUUGAAUGAAACAAAUGCAGGCCUUGCACAAUCCAUGCAACCGAUUGCCCCUGUCCUUAGCAUCAGUACACAGUACACCAGUUCAACCCCUAUCAAUGUUCCAAAAUCCAUUUAUACUGGUCAAAGCAUGACGCUGAAGUGUGAUCUCGGUGACUUUAACUUGGGAAGAGUUUCUAAAGCUGUGUGGAAAUUAAAUGAGACAGUAAUAAAUUCGGGAUCAAGAUUACAAAUUUCCACUUCUGACAGUCAGUCCACAUUAACAGUGUUCCCAGUCAUCCUUGAUAAUAUUGGUCUUUAUGAGUGCAUUCUAAGUGGACAACAGUUUGAUUUCUCCCAAAAAGGAUCUGUAACAGGAGACAAUAUCAAAUCAGCUCCUGUUGUGCGAGUAUCAAAUAAAAUCAGUGUUAAUUGCCAACAGGGCUAUAAACAACUGCUUCAGUGCUGUGUGCAAACCCCAUAUAUGGUUGAAUGGAUAUAUGGUUCAAACACUUUGACAUCAGAUUUUGAUGCAGGAACCAAUUGCAUCAAAUAUGAAAGUUCAGCAGCAAGCUGCAGUGGAACCCAAACUCUUCAAUUUACAUGCAGGGUUAAAGACGUGAGUGGUUACGACAAGACAACAGAACUGGUCAUUUUCAAUGGAGAUUCAACAUGUAACGAUCCGGUGUACGGGAGUGGACAAGUGGGUGACACAUCAAUCAUAGGGUGUGAUCCGGGUCAACAGGGGUCAAAGACUGCACAAUGUCAGGAAACAGGAGAGUGGAAACUUGUGACGGACACCUGCAUUGUAACCAAAAUCAGUGAAUUACUGAUUGCAUCAGUGGAUCUGGCCAAAGAGCAAGUACAGAAUUUUACUGUAAAACUGAGCAAUGCUGUUCUGGAAGAAAGAACAAAAAUUUCUAAUUCAUCUGCAACCAUAGCGGCUGUUGUUGACAUUGUAAAUAGCAUUGCAAACAUUUCAACUACUGUUAACAAAGAAGUCAUGAAGAAUGUACUACUGACUGUUGAUGUCAUCAUUAGCGAAGAAACAAAAAACUCCUGGGUGUUUCUGAAUGCAAAUACCACCCAAAAUGCCAGCUCAGAAUUACUGGGUUCACUGGAGAAGCUAUCCGGUGCAGUAAACGAGACAUUUGAAAUCAAUACUCAAGUGAUCCAGCUUAGAAGUCAAACAUUCACCUCCCGUUUUGAAGAUGUACUGAACUCCAGUGUUUCCAUCAGUAUUCCAAACUCAAGCAACGCAAAUGUCUUAAUUACCACCAUCAUCUUUUCCACUCUUAAUAAUGUGAUGCCAACACGGAACUCCACAUUUAACAUCACUGCCAACAGCAAUAACACUAGCAGCGAUAAUGCCAUCAAUGCUGCUGUUUUGCUUGUCAAAAUAAAUGCAAGUAUAAGUAACGUUAGCCUGUCAUUCAAUAAGCUCAACUCAAGCCUGUUACUGUACCCACAGUGUGUCUUCUGGAAUUUCACACUCUUUAAUAAGAUUGGUGCUUGGGAUGAUGAGGGGUGUAGCUUUGUUUAUGACAAAAAUGACACAAUAAAAUGUGGCUGCAACCACCUUACGUCCUUCUCAAUUCUGAUGGCAACAGACAUCCCGCCAUCAGUGAGAGAUAUAUUGGAUGUAAUCACCUAUGUUGGAGUUGGAAUAUCUCUGGCAAGUUUAGUCAUAUGUCUCAUCAUUGAAGGAUAUGUGUGGAGAGAGGUCACCAGAAAUAGUACUGCCUUCAUGCGCCACGUUUCCAUCAUUAACACUGCAUUAUCUCUGCUGAUCGCCGACAUCUGUUUCAUCAUCGGUGCCUUUCUUGCUAAGAACCCAUCAGAAAACCCAGGAGAGAAUUAUCUAGUUCCUGUUAUCCCAUGUACCACAGCAACAUUUUUCAUGCACUUCUUCUACCUUGCCCUGUUCUUUUGGAUGCUUGUGUCUGGCCUUCUUCUCCUUUACAGGACAGCCAUGGUCUUCUCCCACAUGUCCAAGUCGACCAUGUUGGCCAUUGGCUUCACACUGGGCUAUGGCUGCCCUCUGAUUAUUGCUGUUAUCACUGUUGGUGUCACAUUUAACAGUGGCUACAUAAGGAAAGAUUAUGCUUGCUGGCUUAACUGGACUGAGACAAAAGCCCUGCUGGCUUUAGUGAUACCUGCCUUGACCAUAGUUUUGAUCAACAGUUUGAUCGUAAUUGUGGUCUUAUUUAAAAUGCUGAGAAGAGGUGUGGGGGACACUGCCCAGCAGGAUGAAAAACAUACUCUUGUGGUCAUUUUAAGAUGUGUGGCCAUAUUGACUCCUUUAUUUGGACUGACCUGGUCUUUAGGAGUUGGAACAAUGGUUUCAUCAACUGAUAAGGGAAUCCACAUUGCCUUUGCAUUCUUCAACUCACUACAGGGUCUCUUCAUUUUAGUGUUCGGGACACUAUUUGAUUCAAAGAUCCGUUCUCUUCUGACAAGACGGGGGCCUACAGUGAGCUCUAGCUCUUCUCAAACAAGAAGUACAAGUGCUGGUAUUUCCUCUUGGAAUGGCCUGAAUUUGCUGAGUCGACUCCGCGGAAGAAGAAAUAUCUACCGUGUUUCACAGGCUGAGGCAUCAAACAGCAACAGCAAUGCCUCCGAAUCAUUUAUCAGCAACCCAUAACACUGCUACAGUCUCAAAAGGGAUGUUUUUCUUAUUAUUAUUCUAAAUGUAAAGUUCGUUGAUAUGUAAUUAAAGGGACCUUUAAGAUUGGAUUUUAAGCUUUAGUCACUUAUUACUUAAAGCAGCAUAUUAUUUAAAAUGUAUUUAAACCUUUCUUUGAAAUUGUAAAAUGCGACCAGUGUUUAAAGCUAAGAUUAAUGAUUCACUUUUGGGUAUUGUUGAAAAAAGUAAUGAUUGCAUAAAUUUAUCAUGCCUCUAUUUUAUCCUAUUGUUGUGAUUAGCAGUUUUGUGUACGUAUUUGUGUUUUCCUAUAUUUUUAUGUUGAGAAAUAAAAUACAAAAAAUAUACAUGUAUUGUAUCUAAAAACCAACUCUCCUCCCACUGGCAAGCCUUGAAUAAAUCUUUCUGUGUGUGCACUGCC